AUGAAGGCUGCUGACCAACCCGCUUUUGGGAGAGAUGAAGAAGCGGUGCUGCUCCUGGAGAGGACCCAUCACCGGCAUGAUCCGGCCUUGCUGCUGCCUGUGUCCCCUCACGUCUGCUUGGCCUGCGCGCUGGAGCUGCUGCCGGAGCCCGGCGUGUCGCUGGUGCGCAAGAAGCAUGUGGUGUCCUGCUUCCAAAAUGCCCUGGUGAGGCACACCUCCUUGGUCACACAGCUGAUAGCUCAGGACCAGAGAGUCUGCAACCGUUUCAUACGCGUGCUUUUCGGACUGUUAAGCAAGGUGGAUGAUGGGAGCGUGGCAGAUCUCUGUAUUGAAGUCCUUAUCCAGCUCAUUACUCAGCUGAAGCUAGAACAGACCAUCCAUUUCCUACUGAAUGAAUGCCACAGAGAGCUGUGUAGCAUGCCGGCCAUGGGUGGCAGCCUGGCCACCAUGACUCUUCUUGGCAAGCUGGUAGAUGCCAUUCCUGGUUUGGCGGAUGAGCUUGUAAUGGAGCACGGCAACUUGAUGGAGCAUCUGCUGCGAGGCUUGGUCUACCCCAAUGAGGGGGUACAAGCUUCCAUCUGUUACCUCUAUGGGAAGCUCUACUCCUCACCCACCGUGGCAGAGAUGCUUUCAGGCCAUUUCCGGGAGAAGCUGUGUCCCCUCUUCCUUUCCACCCUGGACAAUGCCCAGACAAAGGACCUACAGAUAAACUGUUUGGGUUUGCUGAGGCAGCUGCUGAGGUAUGAUCUCUUUGUGUCCGUGAUCAUGGGCAAGUCUGUUCUGGUGGAGGCUGUGGAGAACGUUGAGCGGCCAUCAAGAGAGAUCUCACUGCCUUUGAUGCUCAAAAAGUUUCUGGUCUCCAGAGACGAGGUGCUGCAGGUGGCCAGCUCCUACUGUAUAACGGCCGUACUGGUCCACUCCCCUCUGAAGCAUGCCAUUGCCUUCAUUCACGCUGACAUCCCAGAGUUCCUCUUUGAGCAUCUUUCAUCUUCCAGUGAAAUGCUUGUGUGGUCCUGCUACAACUGCCUGAUUCUGCUGGCAGAGGAGCCGCUGUUCUUCUCCAAGUGUCACACAGUGUAUGGGAUUGAGGCAGUGGUCAGGAGCCUACAGCGAGGCCUGCAGAUGACCAACACAGAAGUGCAGAAGCAGGGCCUGCUGCUUUUCGCUGAAAUUAUGACUCGGCAGCCAGAAGAGAUCAGGCUGUUCACAAGCUCAGCCAUGUGCCGGGAUGCCAGCGUUGCCCUGCGGGAGGCCGUGAGCAGUCCCGUGUUAGAUGUGGCCACUGAAGCACUGAGGGCCAUUUCAGCUUUCCUGAGGAAGGAUCAUCAAAGCUCUCUGCCAGUGCAAUACGGAGCGCUUCAGGCCUUGCUUGAAGCCAUGCUGAGUCGAUGUAUGGAGUUUUCCCAGACGCCCAUGAACAGGUGGUCCUUGGGCUAUGCUUGCAGUAGAAACUCAGAGAAGGCCAUUAUUCGAAAGGGGAAGUUCCUCCUGAGCACCCUGGAGGGGUUUAGAAACGCCUGCAGGUUGGCUGUGGAAUUCCAAGGUGAGGCUUCUACCCAGGAGAACCCCUUCACAGCUCCCAGUGCAGAGAAGGAAGACACCUUGGAGGCCUUCUCAGAAUUUCUUCUCAGCGCCUGUGACUCCCAGUGUAUCCCUAUGAUGAUGAGGUACUCGGAGGAGGCCACAGAUCCAAGCCUGAUGGAAGUUUUCCUCUCCAUCCUGCACAGCCUCUUUGUCAUCGUUCCCCACAUGAAGGUGAAGUUCUCCAGGAAGCUUGCCGAGUCAUCAUUCAUACGACUGACCCUGGAGCUGAAGGCCAGAUUCUGCAGUGGCCAGAGUCACUCAUCCCUAAAUCAGGUGUGUUCCAGUUUUCUCUACUACAUGUGCCUCAACCUCUUACUGGCUCCAGAGAAGACAGAUUCACCCUCCCAAGAAGAACUCUCUGCAGUGUCUGAGUUCCUACAGCAUGGACUGCCCCAGAUAAGCAGCAGCACCUCAGAAAGUCUUGCCUUCCUGUCAGAUCCCCAGUGUGUGGAGGUCGCCGCACGCCAGAGACAGUACUGCAUCCUGCUCCUCUUCCAUCUUGCUCACAUCCACGAAGACAGGUUUGUCCCCGAAGCAGACUUAUUUGUGGCCGUGCAGAGCUUCUUUUUGUCUCUGCAGGACCAGGGUGAGCACCCCCCACCAACCGUCUGCAAAGCUGCCAUCUAUCUGCUGGCAGUGUGCCAGGACAAGGACAGCACACUGGGUGAGGCUGUGGUCAGUGCAAUCAGAAAGUUCCUAGAGGGCAUCUCAGACCUGCGCCUCAUCUACACUCACCACCCCCUCCUGCUCAGGCUCUUCUUGAUGUACCCAGGACUGAUGAGUAGGUUUGGACACGGUGUCUUGGAACUUUGGUUCUCUUGGGAAGAGAGCGGCUAUGAGAACCUGGAUGCCGACUUGCCUCCUGGGCGUAUAGUCCUUCCUGCCAACUUAACAGCUCUGUUCCAGAUGCUCAGGAGCACACCUAGCACCCUACUCAUUUUGCUGGACCUUGUCUAUUCCAGUCCUGAGGGCAUAGCCCGCAAGGUGCUGAUUGCCCUGAGGACCUUCAUGCGGGAGAAUGAAGAUGUUGAAGUGGGCGGCCUCAUCCGAGGCCACUUCCUGCUCAUCCUGCAGCACCUGCUGAUGGAGUACAGAGCUGCCACCUCAGGAGCCUCGGGGAACCUGCCCCUGCUGCUGAGCCUCCUGUCCUUGGUGCAGAUGAGGAAUGAGUCAGAGCAAGAACUGGACAGCAUGGCCAUGAAGCUGCUUCAUCAAGUGAGCAAGCUGUGUGGGAAGUGCGGCCCUGCAGAGGUGGACAUCCUGCAGCCCUCCUUCAACUUCUUGUACUGGAGUCUUCACCGGACCACACCCAGUAGCCAGAAAAGAGCUGCUGCUGUACUGCUCAGCAGCACAGCCUUGAUUGAGCUUCUGGAGAAGAUGCUCGCCCUCACCUGGACAGAAGCAGGCUCUCCCAGGACUUCUCUGCUGUGCUCGGCCUGGCUGCUCACUGCCUCCUUCUCCACGCAGCAGCACGAAGGCAAUUUGCAGGUCCAUCAGACGUUAUCUGUGGAACUGAACCAACUAUUGAAGACUCUCAGCUUUCCAAAGAAAAAGCCUGCCUUGCUGUCAGCCGCCAUCCUACGGUUCCUGCGGACAGCCCUUCAGCAAAGCUUUUCCUCGGCCUUGGUGGACUUGGUACCCUCAGGGGGUCCACCACUGUCCGCUCCCGAGGACGCUGUCCUAGCUCCACUGGGAACAUCACAAGUGCUCUCCCUGCUCAUCGGGCUCCAGAACCUCCUGGUGCAGAAAGACCCUCUAUUAUCCCAAGCCUGUGUUGGCUGUCUGGAAGCCUUGCUCAACUACCUGCAUGCCAGGAGCCCAGACAUUGCACUCCAUGUGGCCUCCCAGCCCUGGAAUCGGUUUUUGCUUUUCACCCUCUUGGAUGCUGGAGAGAAUUCCUUCCUCAGGCCUGAGAUUCUGAGACUUAUGACCAUGUUUGUACAGUACCGGAGCAGCAGCAUCCUCUCUCGUGAAGAGGUGCGUCUUAUUUUGCAAGGUGUGGCGUUAGCUGACCUGUCAAAUCUCUCAAAUGAUACCCUCCAGGCUCUGCACGGCUUCCUCCUACAGGUCCAGAGCACAGGCCUCAUGACUGACCACAAUACAACCCAGACCUUGCAGGCCUCCUUGGAGGGCCUUUGCUCCGGUGCCUUUCCAGCCCAGCCACCCCUUCAAGACAUGCUCUGCCUUGGAGGUGUGUCUGUUUCUCUGUCCCACAUCAGAGACUGA